AUGAUUCAUACUUACAGACUUAUCACUCUCGCCUUUUUCGGCUCAAUCGGAGUUACUUUUCUGAUUUUGGCGUGUGCUCUACCACAAUAUAACCAAUGGUGGCCAUUCUUUACAAUCCUCUUCUAUCUAGCAUCGCCGAUUCCGACGAUGAUCUCAAAACGUCAAAACUAUGAUAAUUCGUCGUGUCUUGAAUUCUCAAUCUUCUUAACAGUAGGAAUAGUAUUAUCAUCAUUUGCAUUGCCUAUUGUCUUAUCCUUAGCCGGAAUCAUCGCAACAGGAGCUUGUGUACUCACUAUUCUCGGUAAUGUUGUAGUUUAUUUCACAUUACUGGGUUUCUUCUUAGCAUUCCAAGAAGAUGUUGGCUGGCAAAUUUAAACGACUGUAACUGAAUGGAUUCUUUUUUACCAAAUACUUUGUUCUGAUAAAUUUAUCAAGAUUGAUGUCCUGCAAGAAGAUAUGUAAGCUCAUAUCCAACAUUUUAUCAACAGAGCUAUCAACGUUAUCACUUGCAUUACUUUUGUAUAGUUUAACAAGUGUGAAAACAAAAACACAAAUGACCUUGAUAGCAGUUCGAGCAACAAAUUCUAUUAAAUAUUCAAAAGGAUAGCUUAACUUCCUCGAAAUAUUACGGAAGUAAUCUUUUUUGUUUUUCUUCAGUUCUAUCAGAUUAAUCUAAGAUCUAGUGCUUUUUUGUUUAAAUAUAGUAGAUAUUAAGGCUUACAUACUAUAACAUUAUAAUUUAAAUAAAAUAAUAAAAGUGAUGCAUUAAUGUGAAACA